AUCUCGGUGGAAGUGGUCACGCAAGCCACCAACGUCUACGGUCUACCAAACCUUUUUGGGUAACUACAAAACUAGUAUCAAGAAAAUGACACAAAAGCUGGCAGUUUGGCGACUCUGCCAUGUGAACAUCAUAGAAGAACAGAUGAACGUGCAUAAAGGCGGCAUUUUUUGUAUUCAGAAGGAAAGCAAAAGGUUGUGACAGCGAAAGUGAGUCCUAAUGGAUAUUGAAAUAGCAGCCUUUCAUAGAUUUGUUUAGUUUUCAAAAAACGGUCAUACAUAUCCAUGGAGCUAGCCAAUUAGGACUGUAAUAAGACUUUCCAGGUCUUGAUGUUAACACAACACGUAGCGAUGCAAUCUUAGCUGCACAAAUGUUUCCCGAUUUUUACGUUGUCAUCAUUUCAAAAAUUUUGAGAAACUCAAGUCAUCGUAAGCUGUUUCUGGGGAAAGAGGCAAUUUAUUCACAGAAGAGGAAACAGAGCAUAAUAUAUCUAUACAUAGGUCUCAACUCUCAAGUGCAAGACAAUAAUUCUAACUUUACGAGUAUCAGUCAAUGAGGGCAGCUGAAAUCAGUAUGGCACGUCCACUUAUUGGCAUUCUCUACGACAUCUAAGAUUCUAAACCCAUCUCUCCUCCAAAACCAAAUUGCUAUAAGCAUUAAGAAAAAAAAGGGUAUUUGAAAAAGAAGAGGGACUUUUCGACAGCUUCAAGGAAAUAUUCAAACCUAAAGUUUUUAGAUUGAAAAUCUAUGAAUAGGUUUUGCAUGGACCAUCUUUCUCUUUAAUAGAAACAUGUCAGCCCUCAAAAUCACCAAAAAGCACCACAAACAUUUUAAUAACCCUUUUCCGUCAAGCCCAACAGUCCUACCUUCCAUUCAAGGAACUCUAUCUUUCAAUUCCCAAAAAGUGCCUUCACACCAGAUAUUCUCAAUUGGGAAGGACUUCCAGCUUCUAUGGAGCUCUAAAGAUGGUGGUCAUCUCUCCAUUUCUCAUCACUCAUGUCCUUCUAGGCCCAUAUGGUCUACCAUCCCCGGCCAAGCCUUUGUGUCUGCAGCAUUGGUUGAAACAGAGGUGGAGGAAAGCAGGGGGUCCUUUGCUGUCAAAGAUGGAGAUGUUCAUUUGAUUUGCAAUCACCAAACCAUAGAGGAAAUAAGAUUGAUUGAUCAGUUUGAUCAUUCUUUAGAGCCUAAAUGCCAAGAUUCUCCAUCUGGGCAUCCGGGGCUUGAGCAGAAAAAAGAUAUGAAUGGUACCCAAUUCCCCAUUUUGAUAAUAACUGGUUGGGUUUUCAGCAUGAAGAAAAAGAAAAGGAAGUUUCAAAAAGACGGAAUUCGUGCAGAAAUACAAUUUGAGACAAAGGAUCCUUCUACCCGUGCAAGGUAUUGGUUACUAUUCGAUCAGAAAAACAGCAAUCAGGUUGGUUUCCAAGGGAUGCUUGGGCAACCAAACUUUAAGCUACGCCAAAAAGCCUCUUCAACAGCUUCAGGAAGAUUCCGAGGGUUUAGGUGGAGGAUAGGACGGAUAAAGAAACGGAGACUAGGUUUCUGUUGGUCCAUUGCAAGGCCGAGAGGGUACGUCACAGUUUCCUCAGCAGAGGAAACACGAGACAUGAGAGUUGAAGAACCCACGCAAUUCAACAGGAUAUAUUUGACCUAUUCAAGUGAAGCAAAUGAGAGAUUCUAUGGUUUUGGGGAGCAGUUCUCACAUCUGGAUUUCAAAGGCAAAAGGGUACCUAUUCUUGUUCAAGAACAAGGCAUCGGAAGAGGGGAUCAACCUAUUACUUUUGCAGCUAACUUGGUUAGCUAUAGGGCUGGGGGUGAUUGGAGUACAACUUAUGCUCCUUCUCCAUUCUAUAUGACAUCGAAGAUGCGAUCUCUCUAUCUCGAAGGAUAUGAUUAUUCCGCUUUCGAUCUGACAACGCAUGACAGAGUUCAGAUUCAGAUACGCGGGUCUUCAGUUCAAGGACGGAUUUUGCACGGGAACUCACCUUCUGAGCUCAUUGAACAUUUUACAGAAACCAUUGGGAGGCCCCCCGAGCUUCCUGAGUGGAUAAUAUCUGGUGCGGUGGUUGGAAUGCAAGGUGGCACAGAAACCGUUCGCCGCAUUUGGAAUAAGCUGAAGACCUACAAUGUUCCCGUUUCAGCCUUUUGGCUUCAGGAUUGGGUAGGGCAGAGGGAGACAUUGAUUGGAUCGCAACUGUGGUGGAAUUGGGAAGUGGAUACAAAAAGGUAUUAUGGAUGGCAGCAACUGCUUCAAGAUCUCAGUGCUCGACAUAUCAAAGUGCUGACAUACUGCAAUCCUUGUCUAGCUCCUACCCAGGAGAAACCAAACAGAAGGAGAAACCUUUUUGAGGAGGCAAAGAGUUUGGACAUCUUAGUCAAAGAUAAGUAUGGACAACCAUACAUGGUUCCAAAUACAGCUUUUGAUGUUGGAAUGUUGGAUUUGACGCACCCAAAGACCGCUGGUUGGUUCAAACAGAUUUUACAAGAAAUGGUGGAUGAUGGAGUUAGAGGAUGGAUGGCUGAUUUUGGUGAAGGUCUGCCUGUGGAUGCCACCGUCUAUUCAGGUGAAGAUCCAAUUUCUGCACAUAAUAGGUACCCUGAGCUAUGGGCCCAAAUAAACAGAGAGUUUGUGGAAGAAUGGAAAAGCAACUGUGUGGGUAAGGUGAAGGAAGACCCACCAGAGGAGCUAGUUUUCUUCAUGAGAGCUGGGUUCAGAAAUAGUCCCAAAUGGGGGAUGCUAUUUUGGGAAGGAGACCAAAUGGUUAGUUGGCAGGCUAAUGAUGGGAUAAAGAGUGCGGUUACUGGCCUACUCAGCAGUGGACUUUCAGGAUAUGCUUUUAACCACAGUGAUAUUGGGGGCUACUGUGCAGUAAACUUGCCUUUUAUUAAGUACAGAAGAAGUGAAGAGUUGCUUUUGCGUUGGAUGGAGCUAAAUGCUUUCACCACCGUCUUCCGGACCCAUGAAGGGAACAAGCCAUCCUGCAAUAGCCAAUUCUACUCAAACCACCAAACUUUAUCUCAGUUUGCUCGCUUUGCUGAGGUGUACAGAGCAUGGAAGUUUUACAGAAUCCAACUUGUAAAGGAAGCUGCUCAAAAGGGCCUUCCAGUUUGCCGCCACCUAUUUCUCCACUACCCAGAAGAUGAAAAUGUGCAUAGCUUGAGCUACCAGCAAUUUUUGGUUGGCACUGAGAUCCUAGUGGCGCCUGUCCUAGACAAAGGCAAGAAGAAUGUUAAGGUCUAUUUUCCUGUGGGAGAAAGGUGUGAUUGGCAACAUGUAUGGACGGGGAAACUAUAUAGAGGACAAGGUUGUGAAGCUUGGGUAGAUGCUCCAAUUGGUUACCCUGCUGUAUUUGUAAAGACUGGCUCCACCAUCGGAAAAACCUUUGUAAAAAAUCUGAGAGAUUUCAACAUUCUGUAGCAUAGCAGUCCUCAACCAGGGCGACACUAAUUAUUCAUCAUUGGCUGUUUAUCCA